UAAUUCCAGAGUGCGAUUAACUCGCUUGGUGAUGGCUGAAAAUAACAAAAUUGAAAAGGCACGUCGAAGACUUUUUCAAGAAGACGGUGAUGAAGACAAUUCACAAGCAAAUCAGAACGAUACCAAUCAUUAUUUUGAGGAAGAAAGGCGAAUACAAGCCGAAGAGGCCAGGAAGAAAUGGGGCUUCGAUUUCAUACGUGGAGUUCCUGAUCCACAGUCUGAUCGCUUCAAAUGGGUAAAACCAAAUGAAUCGUUUGAAUCCGAGGAGAUAAAUGGAAAUACAAAUGUACAAGAAGAACGCGGAAACACGGAGAAAAUAGAAAACAAGAAAGAUUCUAACGUAACGAUAGAAGAAAAUUAAGUAAUGCAAAAAAUCAAUUGUGAUAUUCGUUAAUAUAUAAUAAGCAUAAUUUAUGAUAUCAUGGUCUUUCAAAUGUGAAAAAAUAACGUAAAUUUUUAAAUACGUAAAUUAUUUAUAAAUUCCUAAAGGAAUUUAUAAGAAAUUUUUAUACGAUUAAUGGUAAUAAUGUUCCUUAAUUACGUUUACAAAAUGACUAAUUUUGUAAACUGAAACUUAUAAAUUGACGAUUCAUAAAUUUGUUUUAAUUUUAAAUUUCUAGUCACAAAAAGACACAUUGUGUCAAAUAUGUCUUUAAGAAAAGAAACCAAAGUUAAAUUUUUAAUUUUAAUCAAUUUGUUGAGAAAUUUGGAAAUAAGCAAUCUGAAUCGUGCGUGAUUUGGUCUAAUUGAUUUAUAUGAUAUUUUAUACCAUGACAUGUAUUUAUAGAAAUGAACGUGCAAUAUAACUUAUUCUUAUAAUAUCAAUCCAUAUUUUAUUUUGUACUUGGAAAUACAAAAUAAUAACAGUUUAACAGAGACAAAAAUCUGUUUUUUACACAGCAAUACAUAAUAUAUUUCAGA